UGCAAGCCCUCUAUAUUUCGAAGGUAUGUUGGGUUUGGGUCUAGUUGUGUUUCUGUACUAAUUGUGAAAGACUUCCGUGGCAUACUUUGCUAAAGGUCCGCUGGCACGUUGCCGUACGGCUUUUCAGUCGUGGCUAAAAAAAUGGAUCUCAAGUACCGAGAGACGCUUCCUUCGACUCUGAAAGACGUUAUGCUCAGUCUUUCGGACGAUGAAUCGACGUUAAAGAAGAAGAGAAAGAAUAAGAAGAAGCUUGGGAAAAACGGGCUUUACUCUACGGAGGAACAGUUUAUUCGGACAUGGUGGAAAGAUCGAGCGCUUGCAGAUCAAGGAGUGUCAACCGAGACGUCGCGGGACGCGGAGCUGAAGAAGCAUGUUGCUGAUUUACGGCUACGAGAAACCCAGCUCCAGAUCCUUCUCAUUCUCGAAACGAUGGCUCUGGAAGCCACUAUGGCUGAUGAAGCAAAGUCUACUGAGGAUGGUGACGGGUCCGACAAGACAAAAAUAUCAAAGCCUAAAAAACUACAAGAUUUGAAAGUGAUGCUUGAACUGCACCUCGAUCGGCUGUGCAUCUGGCAUGCUGUUAGCUUCGACGAUGUUGCAGUGUCUGAUCCAAAUAAAGUCUAUGGCGACAACGAGUCGGGGGGCAAGAAGGUCGAAAGUGAUGCCGUUCGGGACUUUUGUACUGAAGUCAUCAUACCCUUUUAUGCUUCACGCCUACCAGAUAAAUGCAAAUCGAUCACCAGGAAACUCGGGGUCCCUAGCGUGCUAUCGCCUUUCCCCAAGAAGCCCCAACCGAAGAAUGUGCCCCGAGCAGAGCCUGGGGCUGCUGUUGAACGGCAACCAUCACAAAAGCAUCCUCGUCGUACAUUGCAACGCGUAUUAACGGAUGAACAAACAGCCUCCAAAGGACGUCGACAAUCGCUGAGUCGCUUCAAUACAAUACCAUCACAAUCCGAGCGGGAGUCGAUGGAACCCUUGUUACCUUCCUUGAGCGCUAAUGUACGAGGCGGUAUUCAGAAGGCCAAGCGGGUAGACAAUCGUGAAGUCGACCUGAACGCUGUGGCCCGGCAGCAUGAGACCAAACUGAGGAAGAUGCAGAUGCUCAUGGAUCAGAAGAAGGAGCUCGACGCCGCGAUCCACGCCCUUCGGAAACCGAACAGGGAGCUUGUCGCCAAGGACAUUGCCGAAGAUGCUGAGAAGAGACGCACAGGUGGCAGUGCAAGGAAGCCGAAAAAUCCUGUCCGCAACCCGUUCGGAGAAGGUGUCCAGGUUGCAGCUACACCGAAGGGCAGCCGAAAGAGGGAUGCCAUCAUAGGCAUGCCUCCUCUUCCCCGAGGCUUGUCGAUGCAGUCAUCUACGCAACCAAAGGCGUCUUCAUUCUUUGGAGGUGACGGAUCACCUGUGAUCCCUGCUUCUACCACGCGACCCAAAUCAUUCUCUAUUACUUCCAGCUCCAGAGACAUGAAUGCGAUCCAGGAGACCCCAACACGACGGCCAACUCAGCCGUUAGGGCCAUUUGAUGGACCGGCAACCGGGGUGGCCGAAUCACCCCUUUCCUCCGGAAACCUCUUCCGCGUACCUCGGCGCCCGAUGCCCCGAUCGACCGACAUGGCACCGACAACGCCCGUCGCAUCACGGCGCACCAAGUCUCGUCCAGACAAGGCCACCGAACCGACCAGUUCACUCGUGAUGGAAACUCCACCGAGACAAAACCUCACAGUGCCACUUAUCCAGACCGACGGGCCCACAGAGGUAGCCGCAGAUACGCCAGUGAAGGUGCUCGGAACACCAGUUAAGGCGUCUGCCAGAUUAUCUGUCCCGACAAGCACAGCGGUGCCGGUGACACCCGAGAAAUCAAUCUACGCGCACUUGGGAUGGGACGAUGAUGACGAUCUUGGUUUGUAAACACAAGACAAUCAUGGCAGGACUUUGUGUGCUUAGCGGGCGUUUAGGGUUGUUGGGAUGGGAUUGGGUAGGACUGCAGUUUUUAGUUUCGAUACAUCAUGAGCAUAGACGACCUGAACCUAACAAUUUCAACAUGAGACUUUUCAAGUUU